AUGGAACGAAGACAAUUUCAAAAUGUUGAUGAAUUGGGAUAUGAAUUAGAUGAAGCAACGGAUAGUAAACAGUCUAAUAUUGCAAUGGCUGCUGCUUCCAACAAAUUACUUAAAGCAACUGACCAGUGUUCAUGCUGCAAUUGUGCAAAACGUUGGCAACUUGCAAUUUUGGCUAAUUUUGGUUUUUUAAUUGUUUUUGGCAUACGUUGCAAUUUUGGUGCAGCAAAAAAUCAUAUGGCACGUGAUUAUACAGAUCCAUGGGGCAAACAUCAUCGACGUGAAUUUAAUUGGACAUUAACAGAAUUGGGUGUUAUGGAAAGUUCAUUUUUUUAUGGUUAUUUGGUGACACAAGUACCGGCAGGCUUUUUAGCUGCUAAAUUUGCACCAAAUAAAUUAUUUGGCCUUGCAAUAGGUUUGGCAUCAUUUUUCAAUAUUUUGUUACCAUUUGCAUUUCAUGCAAAUAAUGAUACUUUAAUUGCAUUAAUUCAAAUAUUACAAGGACUUGUACAAGGUGUAUCAUAUCCUGCAAUGCAUGGUGUUUGGCGCUAUUGGGCACCACCAUUAGAACGAUCAAAAUUAGCAACAACCGCAUUUACUGGUUCUUAUGCUGGGGCGGUAAUUGGUUUACCAGCUUCUGCUUGGCUUGUUAGCUACAUACAUUGGUCAGCGCCAUUUUAUGUGUAUGGUUUUGCUGGCGUAAUAUGGGCAAUAUUUUGGUUUGCAUUAACAUUUGAAAGUCCAACAUUUCAUCCAACAAUUUCAAUGGAAGAGAAAAAAUAUAUUUUAGAAACAAUUGGACCAGUAUCAACAAGUCAUCCAACACUUUCAUCAAUACCAUGGAAAGCAAUAUUGCAAUCAAAACCAGUUUAUGCAAUAAUUGUGGCAAAUUUUGCACGAAGUUGGACAUUUUAUCUUUUACUUCAAAAUCAACUUACCUAUAUGAGAGAAGUGCUCAAUAUGGCAAUUAAUAAUAGUGGUUUAAUAGCUGCUUUACCGCAUGCAGUGAUGGGUUUAGCAGUACUUGGUGGUGGUCAACUAGCCGACUAUUUGCGCUCACGUCGAAUUCUCAGUACAACAGCAGUGCGGAAACUUUUCAAUUGUGGCGGUUUUGGUGGUGAGGCUAUAUUUAUGUUAGUUGUAGCAUAUACUAAAAGUGAUGCAACUGCUGUAUUUGCACUAAUACUUGCUGUUGGUAGUAGUGGAUUUGCAAUUUCAGGCUUUAAUGUGAAUCAUUUGGAUAUAGCACCACGUUAUGCAGCAAUAUUAAUGGGUUUUUCAAAUGGUAUUGGUACCUUAGCUGGUCUAACAUGUCCAUUUGUAACCGAAAAAUUAAUCGCACGUGGACCACGAGGAUGGGAAAAAGUAUUUUUGCUUGCAAGUCUCAUACAUUUUACUGGUGUUACCUUUUAUGCUGUUUAUGCAUCCGGUGAAUUACAAGAUUGGGCAGAACCAAAAGAUGAAGAAGAACCAUGGUUCAGAAAUAAUACCUAUAAAAGCACCAGUAUAGAUACCAGUGGUGGUGGUGGUGGUGUCGGUAGUCAUUAUGGUACAGUAAAUUCAGAACAACGACAAAAUGAUCCAAUUCCUGAUUUUAACAAAAUUUGGAAUGAUUCAUCUUCGACAAUAGAUUCAAAUGAAAUGAGAAAUAGAUACGACAACUUAUCAACAACAGCUAAUCCCACCAUCUAUAAUGAUUCGAAACGAUAUAGCAGCACAAACAACAAUUACGAAGGAUGGUGA